AGAUUAAAAACUACUCAGUAAAUUGAUCCCGCUCAGAAUUUUCUUAGUAAGAAACUACAUACAGUUGUCUAGCCAGUUAACUGACAAAUAGGAGACGUCACUAAUGUCUUCCACUGCUUUACUACAUUGCAUGUUAAGUUCGCCCGGUGAGGCACGAGACCUUUUGGAACAAUCCCGAGAGCCCGAGUUUGAGAAGAUGGAGCUCGUCGUCGUCACUCAUGUCUUGGAUGCCAUCACUUUUUGGGCUCAGAAUGUGACUGAGGACAAGGUCUUUGAGAAGCUGGAUAUGGCCCUCUCAGAAACAUGCCCAACUGCACAGAGUGUGAAGGGGCAGCCAAGUCCCCACAAGGUUUAUGGUGCCUGCUACUCAGGAGACAGAUGCUGGUACAGAUGCAAAGUGCAGAAACAGAUCGAUGACACGUUUCAUGUUGCAUAUAUUGAUUAUGGGAACGAGGAGGUGGUAGGGAGGUUGGAUCUGGUUGAACUCCCAGAGGACUUGCAGUCAGCUGCACUUGCCAAAAGAUACAAGUUCUGGGGCUUUCACUUGGCAAGUGAGCAGGAUUCACCACAUUACUCCCAGGGAAAGUCCUUUCUUCAGAAUCUGAUCUAUGGAAAGAAGUUGCGCAUUAAUAUUAAGGCAGAAUGCUUUGAUGGAACCAUCCUGGUUAAGGCAUUUCAGGGCAAUCUGGACAUUGGUGAAGAGGUGUUAAAGUUCAAAUUCGCCACAGUGAAUUUUCCAGGCAACAGAGAGAGUCCAUCUCCCACAAAGGCUCUCCAGAAGCAGACUGGAGUGUGGCCUUCCAGGAGAUCUCAGGGAGACCAUGAUAGUACGGGCACUUUAGGAUAUAUGCCCAAGUUACGCCCUGUUUUCUCCAACCAAAUGCCUCAAGCCUUAAAAGAGCCAAGCACCAGCAAAUCUGUAAUGGCUGCCAAUGUGCUAGAAGCAGAGAGCGAGCUGGUAAAAGAGAAUACAGAGAUCAUCCAGCAGCUGUGUGGUCAGGUCACUGAGAAAAUGCUGACUGAAGCCAAAUCAGAGCUGCAGUGCUCAAGAGAAGAGGUGGAAGAGAAAAUAAAGGAGAUCAAGAAAAUUGAGAAGGAGAAGAGUGAUCUCCAGAAUCAUGCAGAUCAUCUCCAACAGCAGCUGAAGGAAGCUAGAUUGGAGCUGCAGAAAGUGAGUGAGGUGUGUCCAAGAAAAGACGAGAAUGUGGAAGUCAACAUGGUAUCAACAGUAUAUGAGAGGUUCUCUCGCCUGGCUGAGAAAGUGGAAGCGGUGAGAAGCAACAGGGAAAGUAAUGAGUGCCCUACUGCAGAGCAGUGUCUUUCUGAAUCCAUACCAGUGGUGGUCAACAACAGAAUUGUCAUGCCACUUCCAUCAGAAACACUUGAGAUGGCAUGGGAAGACUACAGACAGGCCUUAAAGCAGCUUAAAGAGUGUCAAAGUAAGGCAGAGUUGGAGGACCUGGUGAACAGCAGGAAUCAGGCUCGCAGUGUUCUCCUAGCUGCCAUAGAUGACUUCCUUCUGGUGGUGGGCAGUCUGCCAAUUAUUGAUCGUUUGAACACCCUAAAGGAUGUCAGCUCCUCACUGAUGGCUGCGUUUGGUUCGGUCUCAGUAGAUGAUGUUCAGGAUCAGUCUUUAGAGCAAUUCUGUGAGUGGAAAAGUCAAAAGCAUCGUAACUUCAGAAAUGUGCGUCAUGCGACAGAUAAAGCCCUGUGCGCUCUCAGUGACUGGGCAGCCAACACCAGCAAGUUUUUCUGCAUGACUGAGAAGAGUGCCGUGACCCUGGAAGCUGUUGGUGCAGGAGUGGAUGAGCUUCUGGAGCAGGCGGAGUCUGAUGUGUGUGAGGAGCUGAACACUAAAUUCUUUGAGCAAAAUGUUGAGGACAUGAAAAUAAUGUCUACUGCAUGCGGUAUAGUGAUGCAGCGUAUCAAAAAAGAGGAGUAUCUACUUUGUGGCCUCAGAAAGAUGUAUGAAGAUAACAAAAAGUUUAAGGAGGACAUGGUGCAGUGGCAGAAAAGGUCACCUAAAGCAGAUGAGCUCUUACAAAUAAAGAAACACAUCAAGAGCCUGCGUUCCCAGUUGCGUUGGAAACUGGUAGAGGUGGGCUGCAUGGAAGAGGCUGAUGAGCUGGAUCUGCCUGAGAUUCUUAGGAAAAAGGAAGAGAUUGCUGAGACAAGGAAUGCUCUCUUUCAGGAAAUUAGGCAUGAGAGAGAGCAAUAUGUUAAACUCUGUGGGCUGGUAAAAGGAGACUUUCCUGAGCUUCUGCAGCUGUACCCUGAGGCAGACAUUGACAGUUACCUGCUCUCUGAGGGGCUGUUAAUGAAGAGUUUGGAUCGAGAUGUAUUUGAUGCUGAGCCAAUGAAAGAACUGAGUGGGCGCAGACCGCUAGUGUGUACUGAGUUCCAGUGCCAAAAGGUGGUACUCAAGAGCUACUCUGUGGAUGAAGAGUCAGAAGUGAGGAUGAUUAAGCAGGCUGUCCAAUAUCACAAAGUUCAGAAUCAGCAUCCCUCCACUGCCAUGCCUCUGCUGGGCCUGUUCUUCAGCAAGUCGGAUCCUCUGGCCUACAUCAUGGUGCCUUACUACUCAAAUGGGAGUCUUAAGGCUUUGCAGAAACUCAGCCCACUGACACCCUCUGAGAUUGGGAGGGUGAUGAGAGGAGUACUUCUUGGCCUACAGAGUCUGCAUGAAUCCUGCAUUACACAUGCCUCUCUGAAUGCCAACAACCUGUUUGCUGUCAACCGAGAACAAGGCAUCGUUGGGGAUUUUGAUUUCACAAAGACACCAGAGCAGAGGGCUGUAGACUGUGGCAUGGUGGCUGGCUCUAUCAGUCUGGUGGCUCCAGAGCUAAGACAGAGUCAGCCACCCUCUCCAGCCACUGACAUGUAUGCUGUCGGGGGCGUCAUGCUCUGGCUUCAUGUGCCUGACUGCACUGGAGACAAUGAGCAACAUGUCCCAAGGUUGUCUGGAUUACAGCUGGAUGUCAAAGUCCAAACUCUCCUCUCAAAGCUACUGGUCUGUUCUCGAAGACUGUCAGCUGUCGAAGCACUGUGUGAUGAUUACUUUCUCUCACUUGAAAACUGAAAAAAAAAAAAAAUCAUAAAAUUGUUCAUUUUUGUUGUUUUUAUUGUUCCAGUUUUACUUAUUUUGUU